AUGUAUUACAUCAGCCAGAAGAUUCGAGGAGCAGAAGUCCGAUAUACUCCGAUAGAGAGAUAUUGCUUAGCUUUGGUAUUCACCGCCCAAAAGCUCAGACAUUACUUCUUAGCACGUCAGAUUCAGAUUGUUACUAGGAGUGAUCCAAUCCGAUACCUUAUCAGCAAGCCGACUAUAAUCGGGAAGGUGGCAAGAUGGUUGUUAGCACUGGGUGAAUUCGAGAUCACAUGUGUAGCUCCCAAGGCAAUCAAAAGCCAAGCCUUAGCCGAUCUCUUUGCCCAAUUUCCAAGUGCUGACUAUGAACCAGUGAAUGAAGAAUUAAGAGGAGACGUGCAUGCGGCUAUGGCUUCCGAGGAAAGCUUUUGGACAUUGAGCUUUGACGGAGCAGCAGUUGGAGGUAAAGGAGAAACCGGGAUAGUCCUUACAAGCAAAAGUGGGGAAAAGUUAUAUUUGUCUUAUAAACUGGAUUUCUAUUGUUCGAAUAAUGAAGCCGAGUAUGAGGCUCUUAUUUUGGGCUUGAUAGCAGCUGAGAAGCACAAUAUCAAGAAGAUUCGGAUUCGGGGGGACUCAAAGUUGAUAGUGAAGCAAGUUUCAGGACAGUUCGUCUUAAAGGAGCCUGCCUUGGCCACAUAUCGAACAACAAUCUAA